AUGAUGAUGCGGUUAAAGGGUUUACAUGCAGUUUCAGAAUGGAUUGAAGCAAAUCCAUUGAAACAAGCGGAAAGAUUGCAGCGUUCAGUUUCAUCUCAAUGGGAACCUCCACCUGACGAUUUUAUCAAAUGUAAUUUUGAUUGUAGUUUUUCGCAGGAAUCGAAUGUCAUGAAGGUUGGUUGGAUUGUUAGAGACUCUCAGGGUUCCUUUUUGGAAGCGGGAUGGGCAACAUUACCACAGGUUAGCUCUCCACUCCAGGCAGAAGCAAUGGCUUUCAUCUAUGUGGUUCAACGAAUGUGGGUUUUGGGAAGGAGGAAAGUUUGGUUUGAAGGGGACAAUUUGGUGCUCACAACGACUAUAAAUCAAGGCAAACAAAAUGUGGAGUUGGGGAACUUACUAUGGGACAUUCGUCACUGGAUAAGCAAACUGCCUCUUAGUUCAUUGGGUUAUGUCAACAGAGAGAAGAACCAAGCUGCUGAUGCCUUAGCAAAACACAAUCUCCAUAAUUGUUUAAACAUUUAUAAGGUUUACGUUUCACCACCUAUUUGGUUGGUUAACUUCUUGUAUUCUCCUUUCACAGUUUAA